CAUCAGAGCGCAUCGCUGCUGUCCAGCUUGCUCGCAGACAGGAGGAUUGUCUUGGGGGUCCACGUUGGCAUAGCGCUCGCGAGGCCAUGUCUCGACCUGGAACACCUCAAUAUGCUGUGCGUCGGCCUCCCGUCAACAGCAGCUCGAAUACGACGCGAUCGACCACUCCGACGGUCCGGAAUGUCAUGACUUUGGAGAAAUGGGAGUCGUUAUGUCCGCUGACGGACGAACAAGUGCAAAGUAUUGGAGAGGUGAAGGAAAGAUUAGGACAGAGGCCUCUCCCAUCAAAGUUCUCGGAUAUGCCUGCCGCGGAGAGCUCUGCUCAAGGAGCUGCAAGAGCAUCACCUAUAGCACCUAGACCUUCGCGUAUCGCCGACUUGCUCCCUCCUUCGUCACCUCGUCGACCUCAGUCGCCAGCGAUGUCGACGGCAUCAUCGACUCUCCGCUCGAAUGUCGGUACGCCUGUCCCGGGUCAAUCCAGUAAUCAUUUCUUACCGGAUCCACUUCACCCCAUGGCCAUAGCUACGCCACAACAGUUUCACGAUCACUUCUCAGCCUUGACGUUGUUCACGGAACACGAACAGGAUAGUCUAUAUAGAGAUCAUUUGGCUGAAGUGACGGCCUUGAGGGAAAAGUGUGAUGAUUUGAUCGAAGUACUUCAAGGGGGAGAAGUAGAAGUGGGUGAGAUGCUCAAGUUCCUGGCGUAUGUAGAAGAACGGAGUGAGAGUUUGAGAGGAGCAUGUGAAGAUCUGCUGGAAGAGCAGACCCAUCUACUGACACACACCUCUCAACUUGCUCAUCGAUUGACUUUCUUCACCUUUCUCGACACUGCUCAACGGACACUCAAUACACCGGAUGCAGAUCUCGUCUUAUCUGAAAACUUUCUGCCCAUGGUCAAACGUCUGGAAGAAUGUCUAGGGUAUCUCGGAGAGCAUCGCGAUUUCAAAGACUCGGAACUCUUUCUUAUCCGGUAUCAACAGUGUAUGACCCGAAGUAUGGCCUUGAUCCGUAUACACUUUGUGAACACCAUCAGGAAUAUCAGUCUAGAAGUAAACAAGCGGAUGAACGACAAGUCCCUCUCCGAGACCGCGAUUCAGGCUUUGAUCUACACCAAAUUCACCUCCUUGUCACCAUCGCUCCGACCCUUAGUGGCGGAAUUGGAGUACCGAGCGUCUUUAAACCCUGACGAAUUGAAUUCCCUCUUGGCAGAAUGUCAUUCCGCCUGGGUAUCCGCCAGACAGAGCUUGGUGGGCCCCCGAGUGGCUCAGGAGAUCGGGAGGAUGGAUCCAGAUGGAUACGACUUGGUGGAUCUGACGCGAGCUGGAUGCAGCUAUCUGAAGAGCGCAUGUCAAGACGAAUUUAAUCUCUACAAGCAUUUCUUCCUCUCGGGAGAGCCAGCGCUAUAUGGCUUCCUCGAAAGCCUGUGCGAUUACCUCUACGACCAUAUCCGACCGCGAAUCCUUCACGAACCAUCGCUCGAGACUCUAUGUGGAGUGUGUACCGUUCUCCAAGCUCUCAUGGUCAAGGAUGUGGCGUCGUACCCAGCCGAUGAGGAUCCAGAUGAAGUGAUCUUCAGUCCAUCAACGAGUCCGUUUACAGAGACGCCAGAACGAGGUGGCGGAGGUGGAGACUACUUCUUUGGCCCUGACGAAUCAUUCACGACUCGACAAGGUCGAACGGGUUCUUUGAGAGGGUACAGUGGGACUGGACUUAUGGCUACUCCCGCAGACGGUGGAAGUAACUUGACAAAACGAGAGAAUCGCCGGAAACCUCUUGCUCGGCUGCAUAUUGAGGUGUUGCUUCGGAUGGUGCUUCAAGACGCUCAGACCCGAUUGGCUUUCCGAGCUCAGGCAAUGCUCCGUGCGGACGUCGAACUCUACGCCCCGAAGGACGAAGAUUUAGAUUACCCUGCCAAGGUUGCGAGCCAGAAAGCCAAAAUUGGACAGAGGCAACUUUCAAUCUCGCUUGACCCAGACGAUGAUGACGAACCUGCGUUCCUAUCUCUUCCUCCAACAUCAGUACAGGACACUUGGUAUCCGACAUUGCGAAGUACAUUGUGGAUUCUUUCAUGUCUGUAUACCUACGUUGAGGGGUCAGUUUUCGAAGAUUUGGCCCAAGAAGCAGUUGUCAAUUGUCGAAGAUCCCUUUCGAGCGCCUCAGAACACCUUGCGGCGAAGAAGAACGACAAGACAUUGCCCAUCGAUGCAAAGUUGUUCCUGGUUAGACAUCUCUUAAUCUUGAAGGAGAUGACCGGAGGUCUGGAGUUAGGCAGAAGGGACAGACAUAGGGACUGGAGGGGUAUUUCAGACUUUCUGCGAUCGCUCUUGGACACGGCUGGGACCAUGCUUGGCUACGGACGAGGGGCAAUCAUCCGAUCAGGAGAAGCCUUACCCGAUGCUAAAACGGACGUGGACCAGACCCUCAAACUCGCAUGUGAAGAUCUCAUUCAGAUCUGUACAGCAGACGCGACGGCACCUCUUACCAAUUUCCUCGAAGGGUGUACUGUCUACCUAUCCUCUCGAUCAUCCACCACGUCUGAUCUGUCUUCUCAAGUCUUCGCGACGCCAGAAGAGGUCCAAAAAGCUCACAAGACGUUCAAGAACAACCUCAGGACGAGGGUGAAUGAAUGGAAAGCAAAGUUGAUGUUGUAUCUUCAAGAUGAAGAGACGGUCAAAGUCCUCCUCCCUCCGACUUAUAACAGCAUCGUCGAUGCUUAUCGUAAAUUCCACGAUCUCAUCCGUGCAGAGUAUGACUUUUCGACCGCUUCCUCUGUUAUGACACCGUCGAGUGUCCAUAAUCUGCUGUUAGAAGGACAAGAGAAUCACACCAAUGGUGCAGCAUCACCCAACAGGAGAUCGUAGAAUAACGUCCGGAGCAAUUGCCCGUCCAGUCGUAUUGGAUUGCAUGUGAUGCAUCAUCAGCAGACCAU